UAAAAAAUCGAAAUAUCUUUCCCUCAAUGUCUCCAAGAGAUAUUUGUGCUAUUAAAACAAUAAUAAAGAAGUAUAUAAUACAAAAUACAAAUAUUAACAACAGAAUGUUUUAUGUAAACGAUUGUACCAUAACAUUUCGACAUGUCAUUCAUUGUCAAACAAAACUUUACUUCGACAUUUGUUUUGAUGUUCCAUAAAAACACCACACAAAAAAGCAAUUAAAGCGCGAAAUAAAAAAUUAAAGCACUUUCCACAUCUCUUUAACAGCUCCUUGCUUAAUGGAUUACAUAACUUUUUGUAUCAUAUUAAUACUUUUAAAUAAUUAUAUUUAACAUGAUGUUGCAAUGUUUUGAAUUCGCAGUCAUUAUUCCACACAAUUCUAUUAUUAUGAAUAGAAUAUUUAGAUUUCGUUCACAUUAUUUACGAACACAAACUAUUGUCUUCCUCUUUCGAUUGUUUGCAUACGUAGAGCAGAAAGAGCAGAUGUUCAUAUGCGGAAGUUGAAAGCAGUCGUAGAUUUUGGAAUAGGGGUGAAAUGCAUGAUAAUGAAAAGUCUUCAACUGAAACUGAUGAAAAUAGGAUAUACACUCUGACGACUGAUAUAAAAAAGUCAUUUUAUUAUACAGAUUCUCCAGAUUCUCCGAAGUUUCCUGCAAUAAAUAAUAAAAAUAACAAAAAAGACGAAACCUUUACAAUAUACUUUUAUAAAAAUCAUAAAGUAUGUAUUUUCAAGCCAUUGAUUCCUUUAAAAUUAGCUCAAUUUUGUUGGUUCGGAGCUGGUUCUUUCAUUGUAGCAUUUAUCACAGUGCUACUGAAACAACGUGGCGUCACCCUGUCCCAGUUUUCAUGGAUGAACACUAUUGGCCCGAUUGUUCAAAUUAUUGGUACUAUUAUAACAGGAAUUAUAGCUGAUAAAUUAGGGAAAUCAAAACCAGUUCUUGUUACGAACAUUUUAAUUGUGAUUGUUUUGAUAACUUCUCUGAUUUUAAUGCCGUCAAUGAUUGAUAAUACCUCGUGCACAUCUCAACAAAUCAACAUUAAUUGUUCUGUCGCAGGGGAUUAUCGUCCGAUAAAGCUAGAUCACUGCAAACUCAAGUUACAGGAAUGCUUUGUAACUUGCCCUAAAGUUACAGACCAAAAUUACAAUUCAUCUGGUUUACCAUGCUUGGAAGUACUUAAAAAGAAUCGUAAACUAAUAUUACCAACUAACAAUGAAACCAUAAAUUUACAAUUUAAUAAUAGCUGUUACUUUGAUCUUCAAGCAAUGCUUACAAAAUCAGUUAUCAAUUUUACUUGCUCAAACAUGGAAAGUUCCUGCUGCCAAAUCUCUUGUACAGGAGAUGAUUGUGAAAUACAACAAUUUAACAGUUUUUUACUCGCAGGCUAUAUCGUGACAUAUGUUUUAUUUCUAACCACAUAUUCGAAUGUUUUUCGCUGCUUUGAUGUCAUAGCUAUGUCUCUGGUUAAAGAAUAUGAUAAAUCAUUUGGACACGAACGUUUUUUUGCCAUUUCUGGCAACAUGUUUAUAUCGCCACUCGCGGGCGUGAUUGUAAACGUAACAACUAAAGAAAAUGGUGGAAAAAACUACGUAGCAGCUUUAUACUUUUUUAUUGGAUUAUUAAUUUUAGUUUUAAUUUUUCUUUAUAAGCUUAGAGAAUGUAUUACUCCUCCGAGUAAAAAUAUGCUGAAACAAACUUUUAGUCUUCUGAAAAAGGCAGAUAUUCUGUCGCUGGCUGCUGUAGUUCUGUUCCUUGGCACGGCUUGGAAUUUUACAAAAAUAUACUUGUUUUGGUAUUUGGAAGAGUUAAAUGCAUCGAGUCUUCUACUUGGUCUUAUUCCAUCUAUAAGUGCCUUGUAUGGAUUGCCAUUUCUAAUUUCAUCUAAUUGGUGGAUUAAAAGGGUUGGUUCAUCCCAUUUGAUCGUCAUUGCCUUCAUCAGCUACGCCAUGAAAACUGCAGGCUAUUCUUUUAUUCUAAAUCCAUGGACCUCUCUGUUUUUAGAAGCUUUUGGAGGCUUUACAUAUUACCUGUUAUGGGUUGCUGUUGUGCAACAUAGUCAUGAACUUGCACUUGACGGAACGAGAGCAACCGUUGUUGCUGUGGCUGGAGCUUUGCAUUUUAGUUUUGGUAAAACUACAGCCAGUUUAAUUGGAGGCUUAGUUAUGGAUUCCUUUGGCGGGAGAGCAGCUUUCAGAUUGAUAGCCAUCAUUUGUCUUACAUCCGCUAUCUUGUACAGUAUUUAUCUCUAUGUAAGACACUCUGCUGGUUCUUCCAGAAAAUUUAAGCUGAAUACAUCAGACAAGUGACGAUACGAUUUUGUAUUGAAAAAGAUUAUGGAUGUCUCUUUGUUUCAUCAAUUGAAAAAAAAAGAGAGAUACACUGAUUUUGACUAAAUAUUUCAUUCUUACAUAAAUUCAGUGUUGGUUUUAUUUAUUACCAUUUCAUCCCUUGGCAUCAGAGACUAAGUAUCCUUCAGCUUUUGGAGAAGUGGAGACAAUCCUUUGCAACAAUUUAUCCCGUUUUAAUGGUUUUUUAAAAAUAUUUCUAGUAAAAACAUGUUACGGGGAUUUUAAAACAAAUUAAAAGUAACGAAGGUUUCUCAUUACCAAAGUUCAUGUUCCCAAAUUGGUCGUGUUUCCAAAUUGAUUUGAUUCAUUCAAAAGAAAAAUAUUCGAUUUAAUGACAAAAACAAAGUUUUAAUGGAAAACAAUAACACUUAAAAAGAAAUGGCUAAAGUGUCAAACAAAACAGUUUUCAUCAGUCUAUAGUCCCAAUAAAAUCGAAUGUUCAGAAAUUAAAAAAGUUUCAGUUUUAUUUUGAAGGCACUAUCAAAGCCAUAUGUAGAUUUUACUUAUAAUCCUCUAUCUCCUAACUAGCUUCAACCAUAACACAUAAAAGGAAUUCCGAAAUUCUAAUAAACUAACUUCAUCCAUAACACAUAAAAGGAAUUCCGAAAUCAAUGCUUGAAUGGUACUUUUAGCUGAGCACUUUUUCAUACAUUAUACGACGACACAAUGGUACGGCAGACUCUUUUUGCAUUUGCCUGAUGCCUUUUUCUUAAGCCGCAAAAAAAAAGAAAGUACUGCUGAUCAAUGAAUGUGAAUUGUGAUUUUUUAAACAAUGUCAUAAUUAAAACCUUAUGUGAAGAGUUUUAGAUAGUUGAAUAAAAUAAAAUGAUUUUCUUAACAAUUUUUCACGACAUACUGUCAAUGGAAAGAACUUCCCCCGUUAUUCAUCUGGAGCAGUGUCGGCGACUAUGGUUACAAAGUUUAACUAUUUCAAGUUGAGUCAAUAUUUAAAACAGGUUUCGUCUUGGGGCGGCGAAAGAAAGGGAAUCCGGGUAUGAGAGAAGCUUCACUCUAAAAGGCACUAAUUCGUGUUUCCCAUAGCAACAAACGGCCUUAAAAUUAGGGGUGAGGGGAGUUUGUUUUAUAGACAAACUAUAUUUAUUCUAUACUAUUUAUAAAGAAACACAAUCUUUUGUAGUAUUUCCACCUAUGUUUAUGAAACGAGAAUAAUUGAAGAGUAAAAGUUGAAAAUAAAGAAGUUUUACUCGUAGUAA